CCUAGGGCGAGACUGUGCAGACGCAGCCGUCAGCCUCGCCGGGCAGCUCCUGGGCUCCGCGGGGUCAAGCAGAGCGUCUGCUGAGCCAGGACCCAGGCCCUCCUUGCAGCCAUCCCAGAGCCGGCAGGAGGGAGACAUGGAGGAGACAAGCCUGAGGAACCGGAGAGAAGAUGAGAAGUCGAUCCAGAGUAUCCAGAAUAAGGAGCCCAAGACCACGAGUCUCCAGAAGGAGGUGGGCCUGCUCAGCGGCAUCUGCAUCAUCGUGGGCACCAUCAUCGGCUCUGGGAUCUUCAUCUCCCCCAAGUCUGUGCUCAGCAACACGGGAUCCGUGGGGCCCUGUCUCAUCAUAUGGGCGGCCUGCGGGGUCCUGGCAACACUGGGUGCCCUGUGCUUUGCAGAGCUUGGCACGAUGAUCACCAAGUCGGGGGGCGAGUACCCGUACCUGAUGGAGGCCUUCGGGCCCGUCCCCGCCUACCUCUUCUCCUGGACCAGCCUGUUCGUCAUAAAGCCCACAUCCUUCGCUAUCAUCUGCCUCAGCUUCUCUGAGUAUGUCUGCGCGCCCUUCUACUCAGGCUGCAGUCCCCCUCCGGUGGUCGUGAAAUGCCUGGCUGCCGCGGCCAUCCUGCUCAUCAUCACGGUGAACUCGCUGAGCGUGCGGCUGGGGAGCUACGUCCAGAACGUGUUCACGGGGGCCAAGCUGGUGAUCGUGGCCAUCAUCGUCGUCAGUGGGCUGGUCCUCCUGGCCCAAGGAAACACAAGGAAUUUUGAGAAUUCUUUUGAGGGCACAAAACUGUCUGUGGGAGCCAUCGGGCUGGCAUUUUAUAACGGCCUCUGGGCGUACGACGGAUGGAAUCAACUCAACUACAUCACGGAGGAGCUUCGAAACCCUUUCAGAAACCUGCCCUUGGCCAUCAUCAUCGGGAUCCCACUGGUGACAGGCUGCUACAUCCUCAUGAACGUUUCCUACUUCACCGUGAUGACUCCAACCGAGCUCCUGCAGUCCCAGGCGGUGGCCGUGACGUUUGGCGACCGUGUUCUCUAUCCAGCCUCUUGGGUGGUUCCACUGUUCGUAGCCUUUUCCACCAUCGGUGCCGCCAACGGGACCUGCUUUACGGCAGGCAGGCUGGUGUACGUGGCGGGCCGGGAGGGCCACAUGCUUAAAGUGCUGUCCUACAUCAGCGUCAAGCGCCUGACUCCAGCCCCCGCCAUCAUCUUUUACGGUAUCAUAGCGACGAUUUAUAUCAUCCCUGGUGACAUAAACUCAUUGGUCAAUUACUUCAGUUUUGCCGCAUGGCUGUUUUAUGGCCUGACAAUUCUGGGACUGAUUGUCAUGAGGUUUACGAGGAAAGACCUGGAAAGGCCUAUCAAGGUGCCCAUCUUCAUCCCCAUCUUGGUGACGCUCAUAUCCGUGUUUUUGGUUUUGGCCCCAAUCAUCAGCGAACCCGCACUGGAGUAUCUCUACUGUGUGCUCUUUAUCCUCAGCGGCCUCAUAUUUUACUUCCUUUUUGUGCACUACAAGUUUGGAUGGGCUCAGAGGAUCUCAAAGCCCAUCACCAUGUACCUCCAGAUGCUGAUGGAGGUCGUGCCGGCAGAGGAAGCCCCAGAGUAGCCAGCCAGGCCUCCGGAGCCAAGUCCAAGCCGCGAUGGACGUAUUUUUGUGAGCAGCUGGUUGUCUUCUCAAGAAGAAAAACGUACUCGGGUGUUCAUGAUACUGUUAUUUUUCCGUAUGCUCAGUUCUCUGGGUGGGGGUUCUAGAGGGAAGGGACAGGUGUUUGCCAAGGUGAGCGCUGAAGCUGUAACCUAACCCAAGGCUGGCGGCCAGCCAAGGGCUCAGUGAAAACUACCACCUUACGCUGUGACCCUUCAGCUGGGGGGCGGGGAGGGGCACCCCACAUCUACUUAAAUAAAUAGUAUCUUUUUUAUUAA